AUGGACAAUUCUUUUUCAACAACCCCUUUUCAACGCGUUACCAACCAAGUUUACCCCAACAAUUCUAGUGCCGUUGAAACAAAUUUUAAUAAGCAAGGCGAAAGAACCAAAAAAAGUCUAACAAAAAAAGAAAGAAAGCUAUUAGAACAGAAAGUUAAAUCAAAAAAUCCUGAAGAAUUUGAACGAAUAAUGAAAGAAAAACAAGAAGCGCGAAAAUUGAAAAAACAAAUACAAAAAGAAGAGAAUCAAUCAGUUGAGUCGAUUUUGAGGCCAAUGGCCGAGAUUUCAUUAAAUAAUGAAAUCGAUCAUCAUAAUAGACGAAAAUUUACUUUGAUGACUUAUAAUUUAUUAGCACAAUCUCUUUGUCGUCGUGAGAUGUUUCCAAAUUGUGGUGAUGCCAUCAGAUGGAAAAAUCGUCGUCCUGGAUUAAUUAAAGAGAUAUUACAUUAUUUUCCGGAUGUUGCUUGUUUUCAAGAAAUGGAUUCUACAAAUCUUGUGGAUACUUUUAUACCUGAAUUUGAAAGAUCUGGUUACGAGAUGCUAUAUUUUCAAGGAUCCGCAAAGAAAAAACAUGGAUGUUGUAUAAUGUGGAAGAAAUCAAAAUUUACGAAAUUAAAAGAACGUAAUAUUGAAUAUGAUCUGAUUGGUUGUCCAAGUACAAAAACGUUGUGUGUUGGAAUAGCAGUUGCAUUGGCCUUCAAAGAAAACGAAGAAGAGAACACGAUAGAGACAAAUAAUGUUAAAAAGAAUGAUGGGAUUAUAGUUGGAACCACGCAUUUAUACUGGCGACCGCAAUGUAUGUAUGAACGUGGAAGACAAAUCUUGAUCUUAACUGAGAAUUUAGUUGAUAUGAAUAAAGAGUUUGGAUUUAAUAUAUUUUUUGCUGGUGUUCACGAAAAAAGUGCAGCAUCUUCGUCGUCUCCCAAGUCAGAAUCUACCACUAAUUCUAACGAAGAAAUUAUACCACUUCCAAAUGCUCACAUUUCUGAAUUAUUAUCACAAUUCUCAAAAAUUCCAAAAUCUGUAUCGCUUUAUGCGAAAUAUUAUAAACAGGUAGAACAAGAAAAUUCAGAGACUAUGAUUUUUGGCGAGCCAAAAUUUACCUGUUAUGGUCAUUGGUUCAAAGGAACGUUGGAUUAUAUAUUUAUGAUGAAUGAUGAUGAGAAUUUAUUCAAAAAUAUUAAAGUGACCAAAAUCUUGAAAAUGCCUGAAGAAAAAGAAUUUUUCCCAGCAUUACCAAAUCUUAAAUUCAAUUCUGAUCAUUUGUGUCUAAUGGUUGAGUUUAACAUAUGGUGA